CAGGACCCUGCCUCUAUAUCGACGCCUGUGAAUGGAACCUCUCUUCAACCUCCCUAGACUGAUACUGGAAAGCCUGAACAGGUGAUCAUGCUGCCUAAUUGGUCAAACAUGACCCUCCACCUGGAGGACUCUCUGACCCAUGCCCUAGGCCGUUACCUUGACAACUGGAGCCGGAACUCCUCAAAGGCAGAACAGGCUCUGGACAACACUCUGGCAGAGGAGAACUUCAGGAACGUCGUUUGGUACCUGACAUUGAAUAUCGGAAUGUUUGCCUUCAUCGUCGUGGCGAUCCUGGCGAGCACGGUGAAGUUGAAGUGGCGCGAGCAUUCGGACGACCCCUGCCACAAAUACAUUGAAGAGGACUGGACUGCACAGCUUCAACAGCAGAGUGGCGUCAUAAACAACCCCACAGCCAACUAACCUAAUUUAUACGCACACACGCCAUACACUAACACACACAUAUACCAUGUACAAACACACAGGCACACAAACACACACGUACAG